GCUGUAUUAACAAGACAUCAUGUUAUAACAUCGGCCUCGUGUAUGAAUCAUGCCGCCGUUAAUGAGUAAGCGAUUAACGAAUUUUCUACCUCUUGUGCAUUAUAUCACAAUCGCAACGUACUUUCAAUAGAACGAGAUCGAGCUUGACGAUUAAUUAAUCCGUACUCUUUUGCUCCAUAGAAAGCACAUCGAGGCAAGAACGGCCGUGCUGGUUGGUGCAUUGAGCGACAGGAGCUACGUUAUCAUGGUUGCACUGUACGUAUUACAUCCGGAAUAUACGCCUGAUCCGCACUCGCAGAAAUAUGAAUUGCACAAUAUUGCUGUGAUAACGUUACUUUGUCCAAUUCCAGCGCAAGUUGGAAUAGCUGUAAAGCUACCUACUCAACAAUACAGUGACAUUGGCCACAUGUGUUGCUCGGAAAAAUGUAAGCUAUUGACAGUUAUCGAAAACACACAGAAUUAUCAUUUUGUUAAAGAAAUGAGGAUUAGGAAUGUGCCAAGACCGGUGCACAAGGAGAAGACUAAGGAGAAAGAAUCGGGAAUGGACUUAAAUAUAAUGCACAUAAACCAAUUGACUCAACGUGAGAAUCAAAAUUAUAAAAGAUUAGUAAGGAGUCCUGGUAUAGCACCGGCACCGCAAUUCUUUACUCAGGAUAAGCUUAACAUCAAAUCGAAGCCGAAGAAACAUAAAGGCAGAAAGAAAAACGAUUUUCCGAUAUCAUUGAGAGGCCGAGGUAACGUAUAUGCGCAUAAUCAUCGUGUUAUGUUUGAAUGAUGGACGCGGGAAUUUGUCUCGAAGCUCCUCGUAAAU